UAAAAGUCCCCAGACAAAUUUGGUUCCUGUCAUAUAUCCGUUAAAAAUGGUUCAAUGUCGCCACCAUCAGGACAAUUAGCGUGUCUGCUCCGACUUAGUUUAAUUACUUUUAUUUCAUUGGCGCAUAUUAUAAACGCUGAACCAAAAGUGUGCGAUUGUACGAUAAUCCUGGUUUGUAUUGCUUUUACUAACGAGACGUUAGUCUGUCACAAUGGCGAAGAGGUUUCUGUGCUCCCCGGGGCCGACGCAUCGUCUUCAGUUCGGGAGCGCCUCUCUGGACCUCCUCUCAGAGACGCUCAUCAGUCUGAACCACAGGAACAAAGACGAGCUAGACCACCUAGAACCGUGCAGCGGGAACUUUAAACACACAGCACUAAUAGAAUGCAUCUUCCAGAUGACCCAGGAGCUGAGACUGGAUCCUCUGGUUGGAUACUGUGCCAUUGAAAUUCUUGAAAGGUUCAUGGUGAAGCAUCUUAAAGACACGUUCACCGCCAACACUCCCUGCGGUGCUGUACCUGGCCCGCCCAGCACCUGCCAGGACCUUGUGUUUGAGAAACUGAAAGUGAAAUUCACCCUCACUGUCUUCUCCUGUGUGCAGAUUGCAAGCAAACUGUGGUUGCACACUGAUAUUGUCGACAACAAACAGGCGGUGCAGUUCCUCCACUCGAUGGGCCACACAGUUUCCAAGAAGGCUCUCAUUGAAUCUGAACUCCAGAUCCUCAAAGGUCUCGACUUCAAGCUGGACGUUCCCAACCCUCUAACAUAUGUUGAAAUACUACUAGAGGUACUUGGACACAAUGAGCCGUCGACGCCCAUGGAACAGCUGUAUGGUCUUUGUGGCCAUGUGCUCCGGUUCGUCAGUCUCCAGAGGACAGCCAUCUAUGACUCUCUCCUCAAGGUCACCACACAGUGCUUUAGCCCGUCCCCAGAACAGAGAGAGAAGUUCUUAACGGUGACUGAAGACUGCAUGUUACUUGGUGUUGGGGUCAUCACGGUGGCCGCAGUCAUCUGGAACAGCAACCAAUGGGAACAGGUGGUGGAGGACCUGAGUCUCAUCACUGGGAUCUCUCAAAGGAGCAUCUGGGAUUUCUCUCAAGUGACCCUGGAACAAUUAACCAAAACCAGUUCUCCCGUUUUAUCACCCUGAUCUGUUACACUUGUCAUGCACACACACACGCAUGCACACACACAUACACACACUCCCACACACCUGCACGCAUGCACAGUCACACACACACCUACACACGCACAGACACCUACAAAAACCCACAUCCACAAUAUUUCUGUUCUUAUUCAUCAGCAAGCGUGGUUUUGUUUUUUACUCAUUCAAUUACAGAGCAGGUUAUAUUGUUUGCACCUGCCCAGACAUUAGGGUGCCAAAGACAAAGUUUUGACUAAAGAACUAAUCACACAUUUGUAUUGAGGGCCCUGGAGUUUGCGAAAUAACAUAUACCUAAGUGUUUUAUGAAUAGUACUGUUUAACGAUUGAAGUAAUUAAUUUAAACGGCAUCCUCACAUUUAGUGCAAUUUCAUUUAAAGUUUAGAGAUCUUCAGUUUCAACCUGCGAUCAGCAAUUUCUCUUCACCCUACAUUGGUUUGAUGGAGUCUCAUGGUUCUCAUGUAUUAGUUUGACUACUUACGUGCCAUGCAUGAGAACCAUGAUACUCAAUCAAAACACAAUUUAAUCAAAACAAAGUGGGCUGAGCUAAAAUUGCUGAUUGCAGCUUUUAAAGCCAACUUCAUGUUGCGCUGAUGUAACCAAAAACCUACAGGUUUCAGCUGCAUCAAAUAGAUCUAAGAGGAAGACUGUAAAAUGUAUGCAUGAACAUUUAAAUAAAUACAAAUGAGUUAACAUA